UUGAAGUUACUGCCCUUGGUCACGCGCACCUAGCGAGAUAUCUCGAGAGUUUGUUGUCAACAACAAGUGACAGAAAAGUUAAACAGGCACAAAGUCGCUGAAUUUAGUCACAAAUACACAAAAAAUGGAUGAUUUUCAAACUCCAGAAGAGACAGCAUUUGUUGUUGAUGAAGUUACAAACAUAAUCAAAGAGGCUAUUGAAGGUGCCAUCGGAGGAAACGCAUACCAACAUAACAAAGUUAAUCAGUGGACUUCCAAUGUUGUUGAACAAUGUCUUAAUCAGCUAACUAAACUAGGAAAACCAUUCAAAUAUAUUGUUACAUGUGUAAUUAUGCAAAAGAAUGGUGCCGGUCUUCACACAGCUAGUUCAUGUUUCUGGGACAAUACAACGGAUGGAAGUUGCACAGUGAGGUGGGAGAAUAAAACCAUGUAUUGUAUUGUGUCAGUAUUCGGUCUCGCCAUCUGAUCACCAUGUCAAAAUUUACCAGCUUCCGUUGUUUCCAUAUAGACAGAUUAAGACUAUUCCAUAUAACAGCGCUAUAAGAAACUAUUUUACUGUUCAAUAACAUUUGAUAUUGCCAUGUUUGUGAUAAAUAUAACAACAAGAUAAGAACUCUAGGUGACUUAUAGUUUAAGUAUAAUAAAUGAUUACCUGGAUGCUUUUAUUGAAUUGAAUCUUUUUUUUAUUGCUGCCUGUUUGACUGAAAUUAAUUUACAAGGUAAUUUUCAAACAUCUAAACAUGGCAUUAGAUUUGACAUUUUUCAUGUUGUUAUUUCAUGUAUUUAUAUUAAAGUAUUUUAAAAGCAGCUGUGUUUUCAAUCAAAUUUCAUUGAGAUGAGUUUGUGCAAAUUCAGGGCUUUAAUGAAUACAGUUAUUGGAAACAGUGUGAAAAAUUCUUAAAUCCAGAUUCCUUUAUAAAAUAAAUAAAAACAUAAUAAACUACAAAAUCAAAAGAAUAAAAGUUUUGUUAUGAUAUAGGAAUAUCAAAUAUUAAAAAUCAUCAUUUCAUUAUUUACUGAAGGAAACCAUUUUUUUUUAUUUUUGUUCACUUUCGAUAAUUUUUGUAAUUCUUGACUGAAAUUAUUACAGUUUCAUGACCUGUAAAUUGUUCACUGAAAAACAUGUAUACUGUUACGUACAUACGUGUGUCUUUCUUCCUGCAUUUUUUGUUUUAUGUGUGUAAAUUGUAUGAAAUAUUUAUAGUUGAUAUAUACUACUAUUUGAAAGAGGUGUGAUGAGUGAUUAAGGGUAUUUUCCUGUGAUUAGACAGUAUUUCUCUUGUAUUCCAUUGAUAUUACUUACUGUAAUACAUAAAUCCUUUUUAUAUGUAACAUCUCAAAGAAUAAUUGUGUAAGUGAUAAAUAGUUCCCUUUUUACUAUUAUAUAAAACCCCGGCAGUUAUCAAAGAAGUUAAUUGAAUAUUACAUCAUAAAUUCUGUCAUAAAAUCAAAUAAAAAAUAUAAAUCCCGUAAUCCUUUAGAAACUAUUUUAAUCCUAUUCUGAACAAAUGUGUAAAUACAUGUUUUCUUUUUCUGAAACUAAUAGUUAUGUUUUUACAUAAAUCAAAUUGUUUUGUAUGUUCAUAUGACAAAUUCAUUCUAAGUUCAUUGUUUUUUUUCUUUUUUUCCUGUCAUCUGUGAUUUAUUAAGAAGUCUAGUUUAUUAGGUUUGUAAUAUACAGUUUUAAACUUAUUUAUACAUUUGUUAACAUGUAUUAUUUUGCAUUUUGAAAAUUGGCUGUAUUUAGAACUUUUAAAUGAACAAAAAAGGAAUAUCCUAAUUUUAGUUUAAUGAUACUAGUAAUUUACAGAGUUUCCCCCCUUAGAUGGUAUUUGAAGUAAUGUGUAAAUACAUAUUUUAUUCAAGUUAAAAGGUGAAGGACAUUUCUAUUAUCUAAAUUGCAUUUACCAUAAUAAAUCUAAACUAUACAAAGGGAAGAUUAGAAAGUUAAUAUAUUAUCUAAGUAGAAGAAAAUGUUUCAAUUAUCACCAAAGCAUUCUAGAAUGAAAAAUGUUAAUGACUUCAGAGAUUAAAUAAAUUUGUGAAAAAAAUA